UUAAACCUCAUUUCCACAUUCAAACCUUCUCCAAGUAUCGCUUUUCUCUCUCUAACUAAAACCCCCACUUUCUCUCACUAUUACCGCCGCCAUGGCCGGACUCUGCCGCUUCAGAGUGGCAGCGCCACCGGAGACGCGACGUCGUCUAGGGCUCAUCGCGAGCCGAGCCUAUGGAUCGGCGGCUGCGGCUCAGGUCUACUACGAUUCCGACUACGACGAUGAGCACGAGAGCGAACUGUGCCGGAAUCGGCACCGGACGAUGGAAGAGUCGGAGGGAUGGGUGUCGGGAAGGGGAGUGCAGUGGGUGAUCAUGGGGGACCCACUCGCCAAGAAGCACUUCUACGCUGAGAGGCUCUCGAAGCUUCUAGAAGUUCCCUACAUUUCCAUGGGCACUCUCGUUCGUCAAGAACUCCACCCCCUCUCUUCUCUCUACAAACAGAUUGCGAAUGCUGUGAACCAAGGGAAGCUUGUUCCUGAGGAUAUAAUUUUUGGUCUAUUGUCAAAGAGAUUGGAGGAUGGUUACUGCAGAGGUGAAACUGGGUUCAUUUUGGAUGGAAUUCCUAGAUCAAGGAUCCAAGCUGAGAUACUUGACCAAAUUGCUGACAUAGACUUGGUAGUGAAUUUCAAAUGCACAGAGCCCUGCUUGAUGAAAAAACAUCUGGAUGGUGGAAUUUAUUCUCCUUGCCAAGAAUUUCUUAGCACUGGAAACUAUGGGUUAAAACUAAACCUUCAGUCAAAGGAUGAUCAGAUAAAUUCUUCCUCUGCCGCUGCAGAACAUGCCUGGAAAGAGCAACUUCGUAAAUAUGCAGAGAAGAGCAAGCCUUUAGAAGACUACUACAGGAAGCAGAAGAAGCUUCUUGAUUUUCAAGUGGCUGGUGCACCUGGAGAAACCUGGCAAGGUCUCUUGGCCGCAUUACAUCUUCAGCAUAUGAAUGCCAUCAGUUCUUCGCAGAAACUGACUGCAUGAACUGUCAGAUUAAGUUAUCCAUUACUUCCGAUAUGUUUUUAUAGUAAAUAGUAACCACAUGAGUGUAACCUGGUCAGCUGGGAAUUUACCUCUCUGAUAUCGAGGAUUUUUGUUUACUGAGUGCAAUGCAUUUUGGUGUUGUAAGAGUUUUGUAAUGCAGGAAGCUGAAAACAUAAAGUAUAUCGGCAUUUUGAGCAUUAAGAGUUGAGCUAAUUUUCUUUUCAA